UGACGAGGAAUAUGGUAGAGGGACUGAUCUUUUCCACGUAAGUGCAGUAGAUAAGGAGUCAUGCUAAGUCAAAAAGGCUGAAUAGAUCAUAAGGCUGUUGUGUCUCCAUUUCCAUUUCCUUUUCUCUCCAUUAUUGUUGCACAAAAUCACCAUACAAAUGGCGGGAUCGUUCGACAAGCAUGCACAGCUCUACUCCGAUGUACGGCCAACUUAUCCCCGUGAAUGGUUUUCGAUGCUGGCUAAACUCACCACCCACCACUCUCUUGCUUGGGAUGUUGGCACCGGCAACGGCCAAGCUGCCGUCCGAGUAGCUGAGCAUUACGAAAAAGUAAUAGCAACAGAUAUAGGAAAAGAUCUAUUAAGGCAUGCACAAAAACACCCAGGGAUUCAGUAUUUCCACACACCACUUUCCAUGUCUGAUGAGGAACUUGUGUCUAUAGCUGGUGGUGAUAAUUCUGUUGAUUUGAUCACUGUUGCUACUGCUGUUCACUGGUUUGAUCUCCCAAGGUUCUACUCGAUUGCAAAUCGUGUGCUAAGGAAACCAGGAGGCAUAAUAGCAGUUUGGAGCUACGCAAUGAUGAGUGUGAGCCCUGAAUUUGAUCAAAAAAUGAAGAGCUUUCUUGAUUCAACACAACCAUAUUGGCACUCAAAUAUACUGAAAUUCGUGUUUGGUGGGUACAAAACACUGCCAUUUCCUUUUGAGAGCGUGGGAUUAGGUUCAGAAGGUGAACCAAUUCAACUUGAGAUGAAAAAAGAGGUUUCAUUUGAAGGGUUCUUGGGAUGGCUCAAAUCAUGGUCAGCAACUGUGACUGCUAAGGAAAAAGGAGUUGAUUUGUUAACAGAUAAAUUGGUUAAAGAAAUUCAGGAAGCAUGGGGUGAGCCUAAAUUGGUUAGACCUGUUGUUUACAAUACUUUUAUGCUUGUAGGUAAGGUCAAAGUAUGAAAAAUUAAGUGAAUUUUGGUUGUUUAUUAGUACUAGAAUACGACCUAAGUGUUUGGAUGGUAUUGCAUUGCAUUGUGUUGUCUUGUAUUGUUAUUACCAAAAGCAUGUUUGUUUUGUUUUGUUUUGUUUGUUUGUUAGGUGAAUUUUAUUGUAGUGUAUCGUUAAGUUUCAUAGUUAUGUAAAGACGACGGAUUUGGUGGUA